AGUUUGGGCCGCCAUAUUCCAACCCAAAAGGGUAAGAAGGCUGGUACGGAGCAAAGCUCCACAGUCUACACUAGUGGGACUGGUGCACGCCAACGAGGAGGGGUUUUCCUAAAAUCUCAGCAAAAAAUGGUGUCAGUUUGCUUUUUGCUAAAUCUCUGCUUAAAUGGCGGCAUUUGGGCACCUCUGUUUCGUGCCCAUGUUGCAUUCAUGGAGUUUUAAGUAGCCAUGGCUGUGCUGUAAAGUGGAAGAGUGAGAAUUGGGUUUUAUUUGCUGGUUAGAGAGAGAUGGAUAUCGAUGUUUUGGGUCUUUCAGAAUAUUGGGCGGCAGUCCGUGCCCUUCUUUCCAUUGCUCAAUGGUGGGCUUUUAAUGUCACUGUUAUUAUCAUGAACAAAUGGAUCUUUCAGAAAUUGGACUUCAAGUUCCCUCUAUCAGUGUCAUGUGUACAUUUUAUAUGCUCUGCCCUUGGAGCCUAUUUAGUUGUGAAAGUUCUGAAGCUAAAGCCUUUAAUCGAAGUAGAUCCUGAGGACCUUUGGAGACGGAUAUUUCCUAUGUCAUUUGUAUUCUGUAUAAACAUUGUACUGGGAAAUGUUAGCUUGAGAUACAUUCCUGUUUCGUUUAUGCAAACAAUUAAGUCAUUCACUCCAGCAACAACAGUUUGUCUGCAGUGGUUAGUAUGGGGAAAGUCAUUUGAUUGGCGCAUAUGGAGUUCUUUAAUUCCUAUAGUUGGAGGUAUUCUCCUUACUUCUGUCACAGAGCUCAGUUUCAAUAUUUUCGGAUUCUGUGCUGCUUUAUUUGGGUGUCUUGCUACAUCUACAAAGACAAUUCUCGCAGAAUCAUUGCUUCAUGGAUACAAGUUUGACAGCAUAAACACGGUAUACUAUAUGGCCCCAUUUGCAACCAUGAUAUUGGCAGUGCCAGCAUUGUUACUCGAAGGUGCCCCCAUUAUUACUUGGCUACAAACACAAGAAUCUCUUGUUUUCUCACUCCUGAUAAUAUUUAGUUCGGGCAUCUUCGCCUUUUGUUUAAACUUCUCGAUUUUCUACGUCAUCCACUCCACCACUGCAGUGACCUUCAAUGUUGCUGGCAACUUGAAGGUUGCAGUGGCUAUCAUGGUUUCAUGGCUCGUAUUUCGAAACCCAAUUUCAGCAAUGAACGUGUUCGGAUGUGCGGUGACCCUUGUGGGUUGCACUUUCUAUGGUUAUGUGAGGCACAGGUUGUCUCAGGAGCCAGGGAAGGGAUGCGGGACGCCUCGUGUUGGGGUUGCUGAGAAAGAAUUAGAGGCACUCUCACUUGUAAAUGAUAAGAUGGAGAAACCUUAGAUACAUAUUUGUGCUGGCCUUGUGUAUUUGUAGGAGCCUCUUCAUCUUAAAGCUUAUGUGCAAGAUACUAUAAUUUAAUGUGAGGAAGUUGAUGUUUUACCUGA